AUGCUCGCUUCCCAUUUGUAUUCCAGAUCUUCUGUUCAGAAUGGGGCCUCCUCUUUACCACCUAUCAGAUUUGGCCCUUCCCUCCUACCAAGGAGACCGCUGGUAACAUUCACAUUUUUACAUGGAAUUUUUCGAAAUAAAGGGGGCGGUAUAGGAUUCGAACCCCCGAUAUCACUGCUAAGACCCUCCGACUCGCCCACUCGAGUCGCUUAGCCCUUCUUUUAAAUUGGUGGUGAAGGUGCAUCAGGCUUAGGUUCUGCUUUAGCAAAUUGCAUUAAUCUCUCAAAUUUGACACUUGACCUUUCUCGAAAUUAAAUUGGUGAUGAAGGUGCAUCAGGCUUAGGUUCUGCUUUAGCAAAUUGCAUUAAUCUCUCAAAUUUGACACUUGGCCUUUCUUUCAAUUAAAUUGGUGCAAUAGGUGCAUCAGGCUUAGGUUCUGCUUUAGCAAAUUGCAUUAAUCUCUCAAAUUUGACACUUGACCUUUCUAGCAAUUAAAUUGGUAGUGAAGGUGCAUCAGGCUUAGGUUCUGCUUUAGCAAAUUGCAUUAAUCUCUCAAAUUUGACACUUGACCUUUCCGAAAAUUAAAUUGGUGCAAUUGGUGCAUCAGGCUUAUGUUCUGCUUUAGCAAAUUGCAUUAAUCUCUCAAAUUUGAAACUUGACCUUUCGUAAAAACAGUUUAUUUGUUUUGGAUU